AUCCAGUGGAAAGUGUAUCACGUCUGUACUGCAAGUCAAAAUUUUGAUAUCGCUAAAUAAAAAAAGAUCAGUGAAGAUUGCGAAGUUGCAGCUAUGAAAGAACUUUUAAGAGUCGUUAAAGCAAGAAAAGCUCCGAAAACUCUGGUAACGAACAACACAGUAAUGCAAAAAAUGAGAACAGCAAAUGACUUGAAAGCGGGAUAUCUCGAGAUGAGUCCAAUGAAUGAUCAGAACUAUCUAGAUGCACGAAUCAAUGCAACAAACGACUUGACAGUGGGAUGUAUCGAGAACAGUUCAAUGAAUUAUCCAAAUGCACAUACCAAUACAGCAAACAAUUUGGCAACUGAAUAUGUGAAGAAUGGUUCAACAAAUAUCCAGAAUUGUCCAAACACACAAAUCAACUCAGCAAAUAAUUGGAGAGUGGGAUAUAUCCAGAAUAAUCCAAUGAAUGACCAGCACUGUUUAGACACACAAAUUAAUACAACGAACGUCUUGACAGGGAGAUAUAACCCAAUGAUUUUUCAGAAUUGGUCAAAUACACAAAUCGAUGCAGGGAACAAGUUUGCAGCAAGGUGUAUCGAAAACAGGCCUAUGAAUGUUUCGAAUUAUCCAAAUACACAAAUCAACUCAGCAAACAACUGGAGAGAGGGAUAUAUCCAAAAUAAUCCAAUAAAUAACUAUUGUUCAGAUGCACAAAUUAAUACAACAAACAUCUUGACAGGAAGAUAUAGUCCAAUAAUUUUUCAGAAUUGGUCAAAUGCAAAAAUCAACGCAGGAAAUAAGUUUGCAGAGAGAUGUACCGAAAACAGUCCUAUGAAUAUUUCGAAUUGUCCAAAUACACAAAUCAACUCAACAAACAACUGGAGAGCGGGAUAUAUCCAGAAUAAUCCAAUAAAUGACCAGCAUCGUUUAGAUGCACAAAAUGCAGCAAACCUCUUGACAGGAAGAUAUAAUCCAACGAUUUUUCAGAAUUGGUCAAAUACAAAAAUCAACGCAGAGACCAAGUUUGCAGCGAGGUGUAUCGAAAACAGUUCUAUGAAUGUUUCGAAUUGCCCAGAUACACAAAUCAACGUAGCCAACAACUUGGGAGCGGGAUGUAUCGAGAAAAGUGCAGUGGGGUGCCACAGCUUCGCUGGUGGUUGCAACAGUAUCAACAGUGCACAAAAUUACCGCCCGUUAUUGCCCCUGACUUCGGAAUUUCCUCAGUACGAGCAGGAAUCGCUGUUCAACACUGGUGACUGUCAGUUCGAAAGACCUCCGUAUCAAGUCGCGGGCCAACAGCCAUCCAGUAACGACGGUAACUUUCAAGGUUAUCAAAAUUCAUUGUACAAUCCUUUGUUUCCGUCAUCGAAUGGCUCUAGUGCGAACGUGUGUGGUACCCUAAAUCCGUCUGGCUGCUACAAACUUCCAUCGUCACCAGAAUCUCUCGCAACUACUCCGCCGGCUCUCACUGAAUCGGUGUCGUCGUCGACACAUCGCGCGCAGACACAGGUACCUGACUACCUGUGCUCGGAGAAACCUAAUUUCCAAAAGGUGUCCAAAAAGUUACUCAAGACGUCGCCCACGUCGACAAACACGCGUAGCAUCGCUGCUACCAACGCAGCGCCGGCAGCUACUAACGUGCUCUACAACGAGCAGGUACAGUCCCUAAACUUCAGGAACAAGACGGAGUUUCACGGUGUGUGCCCGGAGGAGCAACGGCAGUCGUGUAGCGGAUCAUCCUCGUCGUCCUCCCGAUUCAUUCCGUCCACAACAUACGACAACUUGUUGAACUCGGUGAGGAACCUGCCGAUCGGUCGCAUUGGUAUCAGCGGUGACAACGUCUAUGUGGAUAGAAACAACAGUUGCUUGAAAGAGUACUCUUCGAGGGCGAUACCAACGGUGAAAGAAGAACAACGUAAGCUGCCACCACCGCAGCAAGAAUCGCCCGUAGUGCCAGGUUACAGGCUUAACAACGCAGGUUUCAUCUUGGAGACGGGCUCAGGGUCAAAGGGCGAGCCCGCUAUAGAGACAAACGUAGCUUGUACCAUUGCUGCCCGUAAUAGCAGCAAUUAUAAGCAGCAAUCCUUUUGCGCGGGAAGAAGCACCAGCGACGCAUCGCUGGUGAAGCACGCGGCCCUGCCACAUUACUUAGACACCAUUUCGCCAACAUCGGACAUUGUAACGGAGAUGAAAUACGCGACACAAUCGGGCCCGCCGGCGGCGCCGCCACACUUGACCUCAUCUGGCGUCGAGCCGCCGCACAGCAGCCAAGGUUCCGGGAUUGUGGUGGGUAGUUCGCCAGCUGAGAUCGACAGUCUACUGUUGCCCUGGACAAAUGGGCCGGAGUUCCUGGAUGGAGGAGUCCCGGAUACAAAACAGACGGCCGUCGGAUUUCAAGAUAAUUGGGACUCGAUCCUCGGUACAACGGUCUCCGAGCAAUCGGAGGGGAAGCUACUUCCGCUUCCACCCUUCACCAAUUACACGGGACACCUUCAGAUCAAUGGCAUCCCUGGACAUCACUAUCAUACGAUAGCUUCGUCUGGCCAAAGAUCGUCAAUCGAGGUGGGAUCUGCUUCUCCCACACCAUCCUCCAAUCAGGAAUUCUUCGAGUCGCCUGUAGUGUCUUCUAGCACGCCGUGUCCGCAGGCGAGCCAGAAACAGCAGCAACAACAGCAACAGCAGCAGCAAAAUCAUCAACAACCGCAACAUCACCAUCCUCACAAUCCACAGCAGCAACAACAGCUACCGCAGUCAACGCAGCAGAUAAUCUACGAGGACAUGGAAGAUAUAGCUCAGAUCAUCGGUUCUGCGAUAGCAGACACAACCGUGCCGGGCAAUGGAAAUGGUCCCAGUUCCGAGCAGGAUACAGACGCCUCAAGGGACUGGAUAGACAUCGCCGAUUGGAUAACGGACUGUUCGCCUAAGACCCAUCAAGAGACCACGUCGCCUAGCACGUUCGCGUCUCAUCAGAUUUACGUGACAACGACUCCGUCAACGCAGAAUCAGCAACAUGCUGGCUCUGCGUUACAGAACUUGCUCACGCAGAAACUCGAUUACGCGCCGUUACUGCAGGCGAGACUGCAAUCCGGUAACGCCGCGAAUCUUCAGAACGCGUCUUGUGGUGAAACCCCAUCGUCGACGAGCCCAUUUCCACCGCUCAGCCCACCCAACCGAGUGUCCACGUCAUGUAGUCCCGACGAUAUUCUGACUUCGUCUUUUGCCGCGCCCUCCCACCCCAGAAAGAGGUCACGACCUUCACCAGGUUCCGGGGGCGCACCCUCCAAAAAGGGUCCAUCCGCCGGUGCCGGUGCGUUACCAUACGGAACGGAAUCGGGUUUAAUGAGUGGCAAGGAUAAGCCAAUACAUCGGUGUCAUAUCUGUCAAAGAGGUUUCCUAAACAAAAGCAAUAUUAAAGUACAUUUACGUACGCAUACGGGCGAAAAACCGUUCAGAUGCGAUGUAUGUAGCAAAGCCUUCAGGCAAAAGGCGCAUCUUAUUAAGCAUCAACAGAUUCACAAAAGAAUUGGCAGGGAUUAGACAGAUUUUUUUUCCAAUCGAACAGACAUACUUUAUAAGAUAGAAAAUAGUGUAGUUAUUUUAAUAGUUAGUUAAAUAAGACAAAUAUAAAUAAGAACACUUGGACAUACUACUGAAGUACUUAUGAUGUUAUGUGCUUAUGAUGAAACAUGUCGAUGUAGUGACUGUGUAAAUUUUAACUAUCAGAGUCAGGAUAAAUGCUGCAAAGUUUGUAUCUUCAAUAGCUUCGAAAAGAAAUCUGAUGGAAUUUCAACGAGCUGCUUGGCCUCUUGUGCUGAGCAUCAUUGAAUCUUGAUCAGAAAUAACAAUAAAAACUAAGAUAAUAUUUACUCUCUAUUGUUAUGACUUGUUCGGCGUUCAAUGUUCAGAGCUCACGGUCCAGUACUGCAUUGUGUUAAAAUCGUAUCAGACUACUCAUAGGUACGAGCUUUAUUAUUAUUGAAAAUACGGCUGAGUUAUAUUAAUUUAGUUAUAAUCGCAACACGACAAUCGAUUAAGGACCAGUUGCCAACCUGAUGCCUGAACGGUGCAAAUCCAAGUGAUUCUUGAAGCACGAGUGCAAUAAUGAAGUAAAAUAGUAACUUCAGUAUUGACAAGCUUCAAGUAUGACUUAUCUGGAAAUCUCUUUGAUAGUUUCAUCGGUGCAUGACUUCAUCGGUGCCAAUUCUUGUUCGCAAACGCGAUUCCGCUUCAAUCUAGAUUCCUUGAAAGCGAUAAAAAAAACUUUACGAAAUUUUUUACUUAUUUUAUAUACAUCCGCACGUUAUCUGUAAAUGUAUGUAUAUAUAAAAAGUUUCAUAUAUAAAUAUAUAUAAAUGUAUAUAUUUAUAUUUAUUUAUUUAUAUAUGACAACAGACAGAAAGAUUUAAAAAAAUUUUUUUAAAUAUUUUUUUCUUGACAUAUUUUCUGUUAUGUGAUAAUACAUAUUUCUUGGGAGAACUAAAAAUUGAAAAUUAGAAUGGGUGAAAUCGUCGAUGGCCACUACUUUUUAUCAGAAAAUAAUUUUGUUUCAAUUAACUACGUUCGCGCGAUUACUGUGUUAUACCGGCUGUAUUGUACUAUACUGAUUUUUCAUCACACGUUCGCUAUAUACGCUAAAAAUCCAGAUAACCCAAAUGCUGUCUGGAACGCUAGGAACAGUGGUCUCCUGGAUCCUAAUCGAACGGUACGUAAUCCAAUGGGUGAUAUCAAUCCAGUUCGUUGUGGUGCCUGUACUUUGUAAAGAAAUUUUUAAGUAAUAAAAUUUAUAAUAUUGAGUUUGGCGCGAGACAAGCUGAUAUUGAAAAUUUUAUUGUUUAAGAGAAUGUUUUCUCGAUGUAUUAUUUGGGCUGUCGGAUAGUUUUGAAAACAAAAUCGAACCUCUGCUUUCUCGACCCUGCCACCUCAAAUAUUCAAGUAGAAAUAUUAUACGAGACUAGCAAUUUUCUUCGCCUUCUUCUGUUUCACGGAAUAUGGAUCACGAUACUCGAUAUGACACUGCGUUACAUCAAGAUACAAUUUCUCAUCAAGAUAUAACUCAACGUCAAUGAGCGCGCCAUAGGGUAGAAGAAAGCGAAGAAAAUGAUUAAUCCUGUAUUAAUACGCAGUCGGGCGCGUGCCUACUCGCGCUCAAGAUGUACCUAAACUCGAACGUAGCGCAUUAAGGAAUAGCUUCUAGUUUUCUCUUAUUUAUAUAGCUUUUUAUUUUACGUCCCUUCUACCGUACCCUCGUUCUCCCAUUUAAUUUAUCUUCCCUCGAUACUUGACUCCGCGUACCUUGUAAGAUAGCCGCUCUUAUUUAAGCUUCCUCCUCCCCCUCCCGUUUCCUUUUUAUCUCUCUUUUAGUUACGACCUCUCACCGUGUGUAAAAUAUUGUACGACUUAGUUACUUAAUUGCACUUCCCUCACGGUCCUGCGCGACAAAAGGAUCUAUGUACGGGUUUAUUUUUCCUGUAAUACUAAAUCGAACGAUGAACGUUGACGAGGUGCGAGUUUUCGACGGAUCGACGAAUAAUUCUCGAUCGUAAUCGCAGGGACACUCUCACGGUUCUCGAUGUUAGUCGUCGAGCUCACGGACACUGGCUGAAUGCUUUUUUCUUCCGUGCGAUUCUCUCUCUCUCUCUCUCGCUACUCGAUCCUCGAAUUCUCGUUGCUGCUGCUGCUUCCGCUGCGGUAGUCGCUGAUCACGGAACAUAAUUUGUAUAAAGUCAUAUGCAUUGUACAUGUGCAUUAUUUAUGAAAACUUGAUGUUCAAUUAAAUGAUUGUUACCGCAAUACAAUCUUGUCAUGUUUCUCUCGUGCCCUUCUUACCCGGACCACUUCCUCCGCUCUCUAUCUUUCAGGCAUUCUCUCUGUGGCUCAACUCUCGACCAGCAAUUUCAUAAUAAUCAACUUGGCAGUGGCGCUUUGUUAAAAACAUUUAUAAUGUUUUGUACAGCAAAUAAAUAAUUACCAAGGAAAUUGUUCGUGGCGAUAAAAUCGCGGUCGGAAAGAUAUAGGGCUCGAUAGGGAGAAUAAUGAUAAAGGCAUUACGUGCAUUUCUGAGAUUCAAGAACGCGAUGUUACAAUGGCACGGAGGCUUUUAAUGCUGAACCUGCAUGCGGAGUAUGGACAAUUGAUUUUUUUCAAUUUACCGUUACGUUUAAGACGGAAUAAAGGUAAAAGAGGCAUGAAGAUCCGGCUCCGCGCCGCGCCGCGCCGCGUCGCAUGCAAUGCGGUUUCUCGUGGGAUACUUGAUCGCCCGACAUCGUAAAUACGUUCUUUCCGUAGAAUUUUAUAGCGCGCGUUUCGAUCUCCGGCGAAUAACGCGUCUCGCGCGCGCGUCACAAUGAAAUUCGGGAUGAAUUCGCGCGCGCGUCACGGUGUUCGGUCAAGUCGCACGCGCGCUACUGUCGACGUUAUCGCUGUUAUGGAAUAAUCGCCAGCUACGGUGAAAAAGGCAGGGGAUUUGUUUUCGGAUAGUCAUCAGAGGCGGUAGUCGGCGCUUCCGGACUUUGGAUGCCAGCGUCAGCUCCGAGCGGACAACGGGCCAAAUUACAGGCGAGCUCUAACAAAGGACGGCGUUGAAAAGGGAUCUAGGACAGUUCGCGUGGCGGUCUGUCCUGAUGUUUGCGCGGGGUAUAUGGACCGCGGAUUAUUGUUGAAUAUAAUGAUAUAACGGGUUUACGGUCCCGAAGGUUAUACGGUCUGUCGUGCGAUGUUGUCUCUUCGGUGUGGAACAAGGAGAAGCGUAGAUUCAGAUAUGAAGGAGAAGAUACCGAGGAGAAGAGACGAGAAAGAGAGAGACAUGGAGCUUUUAUUUCUGCCCGACAAUGAGACGAGCGAGGUUCUCGUGAUCGUACACGCGAAUCGUAAACAGAGGCAUGGUCACAACGCGUCUAACUGUACUGUUGAUUAAUUCACGCGCAACGAACAUAUAAGGCAUAAGAGUAUCGAUACACGGAGCAGCUAACAGAAGCGCGCAGCAUCGUAAAACAACAGCAAAACAAAUAAGGAGUGCUAUAAAAAAGACGCAAGAUGAGAGAUAAUUGAGGGAACGCGUCGCCGCUUACGAAGAAGAUGCAAGGCAAAGGAUGAUUAAAUGGCUGUAAGGCAGAUGCAAAUAAUUAGAAGAAGAUGACGUUACAUAGAAGGUAAUAGCAGUAGCAGGAUUGAAAGAUAAAUUAUCGGAGAUAAGUGCGAAUUUCAAAGAGAGCGCGCCCCGCUCACGGUUUUAUUAAAAAAAGAGGGGAAAAACGGCGAAAAAAAUUAGGAUGAGUGAAUUUCCGUAAUAAAAUAUCAUUUCACACAUUAUUUAGCAAUUACGGCUAGAGUAGCGUAGAAAAGAAGGUAAUACACAGAUGAAGGGGGAACGCGAAAUUGAUGAACCGACACGUCGAUGACUCAAAUGGGCAGAGGCUAAACCAUCACCACGAAGGGGAAUGGGAGAGUGAGGGAAGAGAUCCGUGAUACCACAGUUCCCAUGACGUGCCCAGUCGGACCAGUGACCCAAAUUUUUGGGGCCCGCUGGCGGAGCUUCGUAAACCCACAACCUUCAAUAUCGUGCUUCCUCCUCCUCCUCCUCUUCCUUUUCUCCCUCCCGAUGUCACGGAUGCGUAAAAGGCUUCGAUGCGAAAGAUCAAUUCAUCCUGCAGCAUGACGAUAUUGAAUUGUUGGUCAUCCGAUGUUCGUCGAUGAUAAGAGGGGGAGGAAGGAAAGGGGGAGGGGACAGAGUAAGAGAAAAACACGAGGAAAAGAGAAGAAUAAAUUUUGUGUCGGACGCCACUACGCGUGCGCUAUAUUGAAUACGUUCAAUUAGUGCCUUCUAUUAGUUACAAUGAUUGUGUAAUUUAUUCGCGGGAUGUUAUAUGCCUCGCCGUAUCCUAGCGACCAUCUGUUAGUUUAGUAGCCUAGAUACCUGAGACGCGUAUGAAACUUAAUAAUAUUGCUGAAAACAAUUAGUGGAACACUUCUUCGGAUAAGCGUGAUAGAACACAUGAUGAUAGAAGAUGAUAGACUAUACACAUUUUGAAUUUUUUAAAUAUUUCUCCUGGUGCAUAAUUCAACAUAUUUUAAUUUCUUGGCUUUUCUACAAAUUUCAAAUUUCCUAUUAAAUUUCUCUUAACGCAUAAUUUAAAACAUGUUCAUCAUAACUUGGUUCAGCUUCUUAGCUUUUUUUAUAACGAUACUUUUCGUGCUCUUAAAGAAACAAUUGCGCCCAAUUGUUUUCGGCAAUUUAUUAAUCGCGAAAAAAUUCCUCGCAAGAAUCUCUGAAAUAUUAAGAUAAUUAUCAUAACUGUGCAAGGGGCACCAAAAGGGAAGGAGUCUCUAUGACACGUAAAAUGUUCAAAUUAAUACAGGAAAAAUAUAAAAUUAGCUCUCGGUGAUAAAUGUUUAGAUACAGUUGUAAUUUAUAGAUAAAUAUUGUUACUAUUGCGGAUGAAUCGGAUAAUUGUACGGGGGUGUGGCAGGUAUCUCUUCCAUAUACGUAUCGCGUGUAAUAAGAUAAUAAAGUAGUCCGUAUCACAUAGUCAUCCUUCCUAAUAACGUCGCGAGAUCAAGCGGCGGAAGAGGUUUCCGUCGCGUUUCUUUGAUGUAUACGAAACUCUUCUACGUGCCCGUUAUGCCCGUGAUAC